UUCAAAUGAUCUCGCAUCAUCUUACUUAAGGGAUAAAAAAAAAUCAGCUCCUGUCGGGGGUGGAAACGCGCCAUUGUCGGGAAUUUUUUUUUCAGCGAUAUUUUGAUUUCAUGCCACCUAAAUAAAUCCACCCUUGCUAUAUAUAAGUUAAUCACGUGACGAUCACAAAGGCCAACAAGACCAGGAAGUAAAAUACCGUUAUUGCCAUGUUUGAUUUUUGUAGAGGUUUGUUUUUUAAUUAGUUAAAUGAAUUUAUUACUUUUUCAUUGGUAUACGUGUGCACGUGUGCACUUUCAACAUGAAAAAUAUAUGAACAUAAUUGAAUAAUUUACCGAAGUAUGAUCUGUGUAAAGCAUGUGAGAAGGACCAUCUCUCUGAUGUAUCUAAAGAACACAAAGUGGUACCAUUUGAAAAGAGAGGAUUAAAUCCAAAGUGUCAAAAACAUCCCUCAAAAAUAUGUGAACAUUAUUGUGAGCAUUGUGACAGUCCUAUGUGUGCAACAUGUGCUUCCUCUAAAGAACACUGUGACCAUACAUUUAUUGAAAUAACUAAAACCAUGGACAACAAGAAAGAAAUCAUUCAAAAAAAAUUAUAUGAACUAGAGAAAUCCAUUUAUCUUAAAUACCAAGAGAUUGCAUCCAUUAUCACAGACCAGAAAUCUGCUCUGAAUGAAAACUCACAGAAAUUGACAACAGAAAUUGACAAACAUGGAGAAGACUUGCACAGAGAAAUAAACACCAUUAUCAGAAAUAUGAAAUCUAACGUUGAGGAAAUGGACACCAAAGACCUGGCUGUCUUAGACAAACAGGAAGAUGAAAUUAAACACAUCAUUUCUGAAAUCACACAGACCAUUGCUGAACUAAAGACGUUACUGGACUCCAAUGAUGUCAACCGUUUCUCUGCCUACAAAUCCAUGAAUGAUGAAUUCAGAAGAUUGCCUCCUAAACUCACAGUGUCUUUACCAAGUUUUACUCCUCAGACGAUUAACAAAGAACAGCUUUAUCAACAGUUUGGUUCUCUGUCAGCGUCAUCUAUCAAAACAGAAGAACAUGGCUACACCAUGGAAUCUCCCGGUGCAGAGUCCUCUCCCGUGGACAGACCGCUCAUUGAUGUACCACGGAUAAUCACACAGAUAAACACCGAGUAUAGAGUAUUAGACGGUGUGUCCUGUCUGAGUGAUGAGGAGAUGUGGACGUGUGGUUAUGACAAAAUCAUGAGACGGUACAACCUCAGUGGGAAACUAUUGAAGUCAGUCCAUACCAAGUCAGGGAACAAUCCACGGGACAUAGCAGUGGCAAGGAGUGGGGGUCUAGUUUUUACUGAUUAUGUUGAUAGAACUGUGAACAUAGUGAAGAAUAAAAAGAUAAAGACAGUGAUCAGACUACGGGGGUGGAGACCUCGUGGUGUCUGUAGUACCUCCUCUGGAGACCUCCUGGUUGUCAUGGGCAGUGAUGAUUAUAAACAAACAAAAGUUGUGUGUUACUCUGGCUCCACAGAGAAACAAAGUAUUCAGUACGCCGACAAAGGACAACCUCUCUAUUCAUCUGGUGGAUUAUAUAACACUAAAUACGUCAGUGAGAACAGGAACCUAGAUAUCUGUGUGUCAGACCGUGACGCCGGUGCAGUUGUGGUGGUCAAUCAGGCCGGGAAACUCCGGUUUACCUACACUGGUCCUCCCUCUACUACCAAGGGAUCAUUCUUUCCACGUGGCAUCACAACAGACAGCCAGGGUCGCAUCCUGACAGCAGACCUUAACAACUACCGUAUCCACAUCCUGGAUCAGGACGGACAGUUCCUCCGCUACAUUGACAACUGUCAUUUACAGGAUCCAUGUGGUUUAUGUGUGGACACCAGAGACAACCUGUUUGUGACUGAGUACACAGCAAAACAUGGCUACACCAUGGAAUCUCCCGGUGCUGAGUCCUCUCCCCCGGACAGACCACUCAUUGAUGUACCACGGAUCAUCACACAGAUAAACACCGAGUGUAGAGGAUUACUCAGUGUGUCCUGUCUGAGUGAUGAGGAGAUGUGGACGCGUGGUAGUGACAGCAUCAUGAGACUGUACAGCCUCAGUGGGAAACUAGUGAAGUCAGUCCAAACCAAGUCAGGGAACCGUCCAUACGACAUAGCAGUGACAAGGAGUGGGGAUCUAGUUUAUACUGAUUACGAUGAUAGAACUGUGAACAUAGUGAAGAAUAAAAAGAUAAAGACAGUGAUCAGACUACGGGGGUGGAGACCUCGCUGUGUCUGUAGUACCUCCUCUGGUGACCUCCUAGUUGUCAUGGACAGUGAUGAUGAUAAACAAACAAAAGUUGUGUGUUACUCUGGCUCCACAGAGAAACAAAGUAUUCAGUACGACGACAAAGGACAACCUCUCUAUUCAUCUGGUGACAUUAAAUACAUCAGUGAGAACAGGAACCUAGAUAUCUGUGUGUCAGACUAUGGAGCCCAUGCAGUAGUGGUGGUCAAUCAGGCUGGGAAACUCCGGUUUACCUACACUGGUCCUCCCUCUACUCCCAAGGUAUCAUUUAAUCCACACGGUAUCACAACAGACAGCCAGGGUCGCAUUCUGACAGCAGACUAUGAGAACCGCCGUAUCCACAUCCUGGAUCAGGACGGGCAGUUCCUCCGUUACAUUGAUAACUGUCAUCUAUAUCGUCCAUGGGGUUUAUGUGUGGACACCAGAGACAACCUCGUUGUGGCUGAGUUAACAGGUGAAGUGAAGAAAAUACAAUAUAACAUAUAAACAAACUGUGUUUAUAAUAAUCAAACUAUUUGUUUAUUUAUUUACAUGUAACAUUAGUGAAGGAAAUCCAUAUUAGAAAUGAAACAAACCAUGUUUUAUAAUAAUAAAAUGGUUCAUAAUUUGAAAUUACAUUUAAAUAAAGUUAUUAACUGACAACAGCUAAAUGUUACAUGAAAAAAAAUUAUUUUUGUUUGAUAAUUUAUAUUGUUUACAUGUCAAUCAACAAACUGUUUUACAUCUUGUAUGUAAAAAACUACAUGUAACUGACUGUGUUUACAUAAUGUAUGUCAACUGACUGAUUGUUUUAUGUAUUAAAUGUAAACUAACUGUGUUUAUGUAUUGGGUGCGAUUAUAUAUUGAAUGUGUUUAUAUAUUGGGUGUGUAUGUAUGACUGUUUUAUUCAUUAAAUGUAAACUGUGUUUAUAUAUUGGAUGUGACUGUCAACAAACGAAAUGUGGUGAUUUAAAACUCCAAACAUUGCGUGCCAUCAAACUGAGUGUGUAAUAUUAUUAUAUUUAAUAUAUGUUAAAUUUGAAUACAAUGUAUAUUGUUUAUAUGUG